CCUGAUCAGAUGGCUAAAGAUGAAGGGCAAGAUACAGACGAGAACUACUUGUUCUGCUUGAACACGUGGGAGGUGAAGUUAAGUCCCUCUGUCACACACUUUUUCUGCUCCUUCCAGGGAUGUUCUGUGUGUCACAAGGGUUGACUCAGCCAUCUGGACUCUGUCACUCUGGCCACUACUGCACAGGGGGUGCUGUUUCUGCAACCCCCAUCCAACACAAGGUGGAGGGCCCAGGGAUUUCUGGGAAUGAUAUCUGCCCCCCUGGCUUCUUCUGCCCUGUGGGAACAGGCUUUCCACUCCCAUGCCCUCCUGGGUUCUACUCCUCUGCUCAUGGCCUGAACAGCAAAGACCAAUGCCAGCCAUGUCCCUCGGGACACUACUGUAGUCAGCCUGGGCUAUCACAAGUCCUGGAAGCUGGUCUCUGCCAUGCAGGAUACAUCUGCCUUGGAGGAAGCUCUGUACCUUCACCCACUGAUGGGACUCAUGGAUACAAAUGUCCUCCAGGGUUCUACUGUCCUUCAGGGGCCCACCAUGAGCUGCCUUGUAAACCUGGUACCUUCAGCCCAUUGUCUGGUGCUGACACCUGCUUACCCUGCCCACAGGGCACCUACUGUCCUCAGGCAGCCACUGUGGAACCCAUCACCUGCCCAAAAGGUCACUACUGUCCAGCAGGGACACUCUCAGCUCAUCCCUGCCCAGAAGGAACCCUGAACCCACAGGAAAGUGCUGUAUCUCCCAGGGCUUGCCAGCUCUGCCCUGCUGGGAGUUAUUGUCCUGGGGAGGGCAACACAUGGCCUGAAGGACCUUGCUCAGCUGGUUACUACUGUAAGGGGGGUGCUACUAGCCCCACACCACAGGGAAGCGCCAUCUUUUCUCUCAAUGGACUCUGUCCCCGAGGACACUACUGCCCACAGGGUUCUCUCUUCCCAGUGCCCUGCCCCUUGGGGACGACAAGGAACCGAAUGGGUGGCACCUCGAAGGGGAGUUGCAGGCCCUGCCCAGCUGGAUUCUUCUGUCCUAGCCUGGACCUUGGCUCAGCCAAUGGAUCCUGCACAGUUGACCCUGACUGCUCCUUGGACACCAGAAUCUCCACCCCUGCACCUGUGCCAUGCCCUCAGGGACACUUCUGCCAGCCAGGAGCUGAAUGGCCUAUCCUGUGCCACCGUGGGCACUACCAGCCCUCCCAGGGCUCAGACACCUGCCUUUCAUGUCCAUCAGGCUCCUACUGCCCACACCCUGGUACUAGGACACCCAGGCCCUGCCCAGCCCAUGCCUAUUGUCAAGCUGGAACUUGGUCCCCGAGUCUGUGCCCCCCAGGGACCUUCACUCCUCAGGAGGUAUCAGGCCUCCAGGAAGAAAGUGGCUGCUCCAUCUGUCCUCCCGGCCACUACUGCAGACGUGGACAGGUGUGGGGAAGAUGUCCUGCUGGCUACUUUUGUCCACCUGGCACCUCUGAAAUAACAUCAGACCCCAGCAAGCCUCAGGCCCUGUGUACCCAGAAACAGCUCUGUGCAGAACAGUGCCCACCAGGGUUUUACUGCCCUGAGGGCAGUGGCGAACCCAUCCCAUGUCCCCCUCACACCCUGGCGGCUACCCCUGGAGCCCAGAAAAAAGAAGACUGUGAGCCUUGUCCCCCAGGACAGUGGUGCAAAGCAGAAGCCCAAACCUGGGAACCCUGCCCUGCUGGCCACUACUGCCCUGGAAUGAGUGGGUCCCACCCAGGAGUCCCUCAGGCUUGCCCUGAGCAUACCUACCUGGCCACAGAAGGAGGUCAGAGGUCAGCUGAGUGCCUCCCCUGCCCUGCUGGGUACCACUGCCCAUGGCCAGGCCUCUCUUCCUUUGAAGACCACCCAUGUCCCCCUGGCCAUUGGUGUCCAGGUGCACAAGGUGCCUUCCUCUGCCCACCUGGCACCUUUCGUUCAGAGCCAGGGGCAUCCUCACCAGAAGAGUGUGAGCUCUGUCCCUCUGGAUACUACUGCCCUGACGCACAGGUGACUGGUCGUGCCAAUGUGUUUGCCAUCCCCUGCCAGCCUGGGUCAGAGUGCCCGGCAGGUGCUGUGGGCAUGGUCCCAUGCAGGCCUGGUUCUUACUGUGGGCCCCGGACAGGAGUACCCCCUCUCUGCCCUGGGGGCUUUGCCUGCCCGCCUGGCUCCUCUACCUACUCUGGUCCUGGGCAACAGUGCCUAUUUCCCUAUUACUGCCUUCCAGGCAGCACCCAUCCUCUUGGGUGCCCUGGGGGCUCUGAGGCUCUGAACAAGAGUGGCCUUAGGGUCUCUGCAGAGACUUCCUGCCGCCUGUGUGUGGCAGGUACCUACCGCAGCCCAGCUCUGGAUACCCUGACUUGUCAGCCCUGUCCGCCUGGAUUCAUCUGCCCCCAAGGCUCUGAGAGCUAUCACAAGCAGCCUUGCCCAGUGGGCCACUACUGUCCUGCGGGGACAUCUAGGCCCAGGCCCUGUCCAGCAGGAACCUUUGGAGGGAAGAGCCAAGCAGCAGCAUCUGAAGAAUGCCAGCCGUGCCCUGCGGGCACCUUCAGUGCCCUGCCAGGACAGGCAGCGUGCCUUCCCUGCGGGAGUGCCGCCUUCUCUCCCCCAGGUGCUCCUACCUGUACCUGCCGAGGUCUGAACAGGGUCUUCCAGAAGUCAGAUGGUUCCUGCAUCUGCCAGGCUGGACACGUCUCCUAUGACCACAGGGGUCUACAAACUGACCAGGAGAGCAACAGCCACAGCGAGGAAGACUGCCAACCUGAGGUUGCUCAGCACUGCCCACCUGGUGAUGUCCGCCUAGCCGCCACCCGUGAGUGUGUGUCUCCGGAACAGUAUGACUGUGCCUCCUUCUGUGGCCCAGGGGGUGGAAAACUCAGCACUGCUUUGGGAAUCUGCCAGUGCUCGGGAUAUGUCUCUGCAGAAGAACUCUGUGACAUGCGAUGUCUGGCCAACGCUCCUCUGCUCUCCUUGUCCUGGGAUGCUGGCCAGAAGCUGAUCCUUAGUGUAAAGGGUGAGGAUGGAGACAGCAUCCAAAAGGAGAUCUUAGAAACUCUGGGUCCGGACCUGCAAUUCCCAGGGAGUGCCAGGGUCCACCUGGUCCAGUUUGGCCCCCGGGGGACCUUUGGUUUCGUCAUCUCCAGAGUGGACAUGCUUAUCUCCUUGCUCCAAGGAACGACUGAAUCCAGUCCCCCGCAGCAAAGGCAUCAUAGGACAACAGGCCCAGAGCACCCCAACAUUUAUCACCAGAUUCCGAAUCCAGUGGUCUGCCUAGCAGUGGGAGAGCUGAUCCUCUUUCAGCUCCAUCUUCUUCCCCACAACAGGUCAGCCAGUCACUACCCUACGUACCAGAGGCAGCACCUGCUUAACAGCAACUCCCACUGGGACUUCGGCGCCUUCAGGAGACUAGGCCAUUUAGUCCAAGAGACGAACCUCAGCCUCUCACGGUUUGCCCAUCAGUUCCUAGAUCCAGGCACCUAUGUGUUUCAGGACAACGGACAGCAUGAGAAUAUCGCAGUGGUGCUGGUGAAGGAGGAGGGGGCAGCUUGUGGUGCUGGCCUGUCCCCUGUGCAGCCCUCUUCUCCGUAUCAGCUUGGCAGGCUCGGGGUCCUCAGGCACAGGAUGUUGAUCCUAGGCCCAGACUGGGCAGUGAUCACAGGGGUGCUACUGGCCACUGGCUUGACAACAGCUCUGCUCACUGGUCUUGGCCUCCUUCUGAAACCUGUCAUGCCUCAGACGUGGCCCACAGAGGCUUGGGAAUCUCCGUGGAGAAGUGUGGGGUGGCCUCAUACUCGUGCUGCGUCUGCAUCCCUCAGGGACAACCUCCUGUCCUAUGAAGACCUUGGUCCUCGGGGCUCAGGGAAAGAAGCUGACUUUAGGGAGAAGGAUAUGACUCGGGGUGCAGGGAAGCCACCCCAAGUCCUGACACUGGAGGACUUCAGUGUGCACACGCUCUAUGACAAGCUAGAGGACCAGAGUCUUCACAUAGCAGCUCAGCUAAGCAGGCACAGGAAGGAUGCAAUGGCCUUCUAUGAGGCUGCAAGCCAGCAGCUGCAGGGACUCCAGGACUUUCUGCAGGGCCUCAGCCAGCCAGAACCUCAAUCUUUGGUCAUGGACAAAGAGCCUGAGCCCUCAGGGCUCAAAACCCAGGUGGAAUCAGUUACUGGGGAGAAAGAUGAACCACAGGAAGCAAGAGCCAGUCACACUGCAUCAUCUCAGACAGAAUCCUGGCAGCUUGCUCCAGGCUACACCCCAAGCAUCUCUCCCUUGAGCUUCCAGCCAGAGCUUAACAGAACCAUCACUGCCCUGGCGUCUGCACUUUCUCAGACACGUGAGCCACCAGUUGGGGCCAGUAGAAAGACCUCUAGUCACCAUGAUGAGCAGCCUCACUCCACCAAUCAAAAGGACUCACCCAUGAUGGGACACUCUCCAGUCCAUCCCGAGGAACCCCAGAACAUAAGGCCACAGCAGGCCCCAGAACCUUUCCAGCUCCCCCAGGAAGACACUAAAGGAAGGGAGGUUCAGACCCCAACUCCUGAGAAGUGGAUCCUUGGGGCCAGACCCAGACACAGGCCUGAUGUUGACUUGCAGGUAGGGACAACCUAG